UAUUUCUCUGCCUCUAUCGGAAAACAAUGCAAUGAUCCUUUCUACUACCGCUGCUUUGUUGCCAGGCUUUUGCAUUCUACGUUUUCUCCAGACAGCUGCAACUGUGUGAUUGUUCAAGAUCAGUCAUACACUACUCCGUACACGAAAUUGUUUCACGCUCCACUUACUCCCCCCGCAGGACCCCUCCAUAUCGUCACUCUUCUCACUCUUCUCGCUCUUUCUUUCACUUUUGCGCACAUAAUAGUCACUACAAAGAAAGACUUCGCCACUUGUGAUCUGGCCGUAAUUUACAUCUUAAUUUAUUUGUCGUUUCCCUUUUCGGACCGUAUCGAUUACUACCAAUCCGACCACCUUGCGAAGGAAACCCACGACAAGCGACCCGACGCUCAAGACUCGCACUCCUUAUGGCUUACAAUGGAUAUCAGAACAACUCGGUCCCCUUCUAUCAGCCGGGCAAUGCGAAUCAAAUGAAUCCAAAUGAGCCCCGCGCUUCAUCGUACACACCGCCUUAUCCGUCUCAGUACGGCCAUGAGCGCCUCAAUAUGCCGCAACCUCAAGUUCCUCCUCCACCCCCAACGAAUCCAUAUACGGAAGCUCAACCUCCUCCAUCGCAGCCUCAUACCUGGCAGCAGCCCUACGAUGGGAGAAUCAACGAGGCUGUUAACUCCGCAUUUCACAAAGCUGACACAUCUACCUACCUAUCCCCGGAGGUUUUAACCCAAAUAACGGCGAAUGUCAUCCAACAGCUCAAAGAAACGGGCCUGGAGAACCUACAAAGCGACCAACACCAGCCCCCGCCUCGGCCGCCCAAACAAUGGGCAACUGGGGCGCAUCCUACAUACUCUAAUGACUUUGCCUCUUCUCCUGUCAUGGCGACACAAGAUACUUCAGCCUCGUCGCCCCACGUUGCCUCUGAAAAUCCCGCUUACCAACCACGACCACCGUCCACGGCAUACUCCGGCAGCCCCCAUCUCCAACCCAGAGCAUCCCCAGCGCCGCCAUCAGAGAGGCGAGGAUCUCCGGCUAGUCAGAUGAGUGAACAUAGCCAGAGAAUGGAAACCCGGCCAAAACCGCCGUCGAGAGAGGCCACCGUCACGGAGCUGACGACGCUGGAAAGAAUAUGGGGGACGCUUUUUGAGGAUGGAAAGCCAACCAAGAAGCUGAGUCAGUUCUUGCGUGGGAUUGCUGUUCAUUUAAUCGAAGACUAUGAACCCAAAAACAGUCUUGUCAUACUUCCCGCAAAGCUACAGAAGUUUUAUGAAGACACGAGAGUACCAGGAGACUAUUAUCCUUGGAAGUUUAUCUUCGAUGAUGAAACAUCUCACGUUUCGAGAUUGUUUCGAGAGGUGAGAGCCGAACAUCAUCUCGUGCAGGAAGAAAAUAAACUCCGUGAGAGACCAUAUAUUCCUGGCCUCACGCCACGAGGCUUUGAGACAUGGGCUACCUUGAUGAUUCAAGUCAACCCUGAGACGGAAUAUAAGCGACUGCAGAAAGCAGUGCUGAACAUGCCUAUUAGCAAUCCGGACAACAGAAAGGAGAGGUUUCCCAAAGAGAUCCCGCAGUCGUUGUUCCCCUUCGAAAAGAUACUACAGCCUGAGUUGCAAGAGGAAAUCAAGGAGUUCAUAAAGGAGCAUUGUAGUGUUGAUUUGGAUAAGGAGUUGGAGAAGUUCAAAGCGCAUCACGAAGGCUCUACCACAUCCACUGCCGCCUCGGGCCCUUCAUACAGUGAGCGGGAACGAAAGCCAUACCAGGCGUCUGUUUCCACAGUAGUAGACAGCGAUGAGGAAGAACUCGACACUCCUUCACGUCCCAUAGAACGACAGAGGAAACCAUACACUGUGCAUCCAGGAGGUGGGAAGGAGUACGGUGACCUUCAAGAACCUAACCAUCGACACACAUCUUCGUUCUCUGGAGGCUCUAUUCCAAGGGAUACUUUAGCUUCCUCGGAACCCAGAGUUUCCGAGCCUCAGAGCCUUGACCCUACUUACGUUCGACCCAGCAGUACUCAGCCACCUCUAAACACCAUGAGGCGGUCAGGGAGCCCGCCACGAGGAUCCAAGGUAGGUAGUGAAUACAGACACUCUGAGGGUGAUUUGCUGGGAUACAAUGGUAGCUCUGGAUACGGAGUCGACGAUAAUUACUAUUACCGUCCUGGCGCCUCCACCAGCACAGGGGACAUCCUUGAAGACAAUCGAUUCUACCGAGACGCUAGCCGUGACGAAGACCAACGACUGUACGAGUCUCUCCGAGAGCGUGAAAGGGAGCGCGAGAAGAAUAAAUAUAACGACUACCUUCCCCAUCGAAGCAGCUGGGACGGAGACGAAGGCUACUAUCGCGACAUACUCGGUAGCCAAGGAGGCCCAGUUGGCAGUGGUGGAUAUGAUUACAAGACGUAUACCUAUAAGUGAUGACCUGAAACGAACCCAAUCGUGGCCUUAGCAUAUUAUGUUUCCUUUCUUCUUUCUGCUUUUGCCGGUUCUGCCAUGCUUUGAAAUUUAAAGUGAUUCCCAUGAUGCACUCUUUACUUUUUCUUAUUUGGUUCGCUUUUAGGCGCCUAGCGGGUCAUCUCUUGCAAUGAGUUA